UCCGUUCUUGUUGGGCCGAGCAGUACUACUUUGUGCCUCAUAGACGAAGCGACCAGCUUUGCCCUAUAAAUUUAUUUUCCAAAUAAUAAUCAUGCGGAAUAUUUCCUUCAUUUUGGCUGUGGUUACGAUAAUUAUGUGUCACCAUAAUACAUCAGCAAAAACGGAGGAUUCCGUGGAGAUCGGCAAGUUUUUUCAAAAGAUUUUUGAUGCAUCUAUGAACCAAAUCCAGAAAGGAGACUUAGAUCUCAUAGAAUCAGCAAUCCACGAGCUGAAGACUCAAAGCGAAGAUGCUAAAAAUUGCACACUGCAGGUGUUACAUGGACUUGAUGGAAUGAAAGGAAAGCUUGAUGAGGGAAAAGAACUGGAUCGUCAGAGGGAUGAGAAACUAAAGGGCGAUUUGAGUCAGUUGUCAAACUUGCAAAACGAGUUGUUUGCAGCGUUUACAGCAGAGAGUAAGGCAAAAGUGAGCAUCGAUGAUGAAUUGAAAAAACUUAUAAAUUCGCUAACAAUUAUAAGAGAAGAGCGCGAAAAUGAUGAAAUGAAGAAAGCUGUACUGAAACAGGAACUACUAUGCUUUAAAUAUUAUGCGUUCUACAAUGUGACAAAUAUAAUAAAUGUAGGAAAGAAAAGAUACUUUUUAAAACCUGACUAUGAUGCAAAUCACAUGUUUACUUGGGCCAAGUCAAAAUCAUAUUGCGAGGAGAGGAGAGCCAGCCUUGUCACGAUUGAAUCCAAGAGCGAAUUGGUUUCUUUAUCACAUUUCAUAACCAAUACAUACAAACCACAUUAUGGCUUUUGGCUUUCCGCUACAAAAGAUGGGACCCAAGAAGGACGUUAUAUGUGGCCAAAUGGAAAGAUUAUUGAAAAGGGACACGAAUGGUGGAGUUCUGCUUAUCCAGUUGACAAUGACGGCUCAGAGCAUUGCGUUGGAUUGUUUCCAAGCCUUGCGAGUUUGUUUGACUAUUCCUGCUCAUCCGUGUCAAAUGUUAUCUGUGAAUUAACUUCAGAAUGCCGUUUAGACUAAAAAUUUAAUUAAACCAGAAAAUUUAUAGCAUUUUUCUAGAAGUAUUAAAAAAAUAAAAUUUGCUUCAAUUUAUACCUUAAUUUGGUACAAACAGGUCGUUUUAGUAACUCAAUUAACGAGUGACCGGUGCAAGCGAAUAUUUAGGGCAUUUGUUUGUUAUAUUCUCGGUGCUGGCGAAUUGCGAAUUAAGUGGUCUGCUUGCGACGCACAGCCUUUUCGCCACCGCCGACAAUAACUUAAUUAUUAAUUUGCCAUUCACGUGGCCUCAAUUUAGUUGCGCCAGCUUCGGCCCUGAUUGCUGACCACUUUUUUUUUAUUACGACGACUGAUGCGGUGCUCUUUGAAAGAGAGAAAAGCUGCGGCAACACAGAAGCGGCGGAAAAUGCGCAAACAGCUUGUAAAUCCGAGAAACGUCUCUCGAGAAGAUGAUGUUUGAUUAGAGAAGAGCGCUUUUUAUUUGAUCAAGUGUUCAAAAGAGGCAAAAAAUUCCAGAAGUCGAAUGCCACUGUGGUGAGUGAUGCACCGGAAUACCUUAGAAAAGUAUUAUGUAAGCUAAAUAAAGAAAGUUAAAUUUUAAUCAUGGAAACAAAAAAGUUAAACUAUAGAAAAAUUUAAUGUCCAAUUAUUUGUAAUUUCUAUUUGCAGCCACAUUUAUCAUGAAUAUUUUUGUUUUUAAUUUUUUUUAAAAAUUACAACUCCUGAGAAAUUGUCUAAAAAUAAGAUUUAAGUAAUGCAUAUUAUAGAAAACAAUUCCUUCACUAUUAUAGCAACAACAACAACAAAUACAAACAAAAACCAAAUUAUGUAAUUACUGCAAAAAGAACUUUUAUUCUGAGGCCUAACAUAAAAUAAUAGACGA